AUGGCUGGAUUGUUGCAGCAGUCCUGCUUACUGAAGCAGGAUCGACCCAUGGCUCUCCUCCUCUUCAUCUGUCUUCUGUCUCCAGCUUCUCACGCGCUUCCCAGCAACACCAAAGGCAGUUCAUUCUCUCUGGAGGAGUUUGAGGUGGUGAAGGGAGUUUUCUCUCACAGCUUUCUUCACGUUGGCUACCAUAAGAUUACAGAGAUUCCUGCAGGAGCAUGCAACAUCAGCAUCCAGGAGACGAAAAAGAGCCGAAACUAUCUGGCACUGCAGACGCAAAGCGGCAUCUCUAUCAUAAAUGGAAACUGGGUGAUUGACAGGCCAGGGACCUACAUUGCUUUGGGAACACAGCUGACAUAUCGGCGACCUAACGAGAUCCGCUCACGAAGUGGAGAGUCCAUCACUGCUCCGGGGCCGUUGACUGAAGACCUCCAUCUUUAUCUGAUCUACCAGCAACCGAGUCCUGGUGUAGAGUAUGAGUACAGCAUACCUUUGAGCACCCGCCCUACUCCUGAGCCAGGUACACCUUCUCCUAUUCUGCCCCUCGAUACGCCGGUGAACGAAGAGGAAUUCAACAACAAUUACAUCAUGGAGACACCUCACCCGAAGCAGGUGUCCUCUGAUUCCAGUGGGAACUCUGAACCCACUUCCACCCACAUCUGGACAAAGAGUGGACACACAGAGUGCAGCACCACCUGUGGCGCUGGAAAGCGUCCCGUGUUGUGGGAGUGUACUGAAAGGUAUUCCCAGAUGAUCGUUCCUGCUGACCUUUGUGAUCCAGCCACUGAACCAACAAACCAGGAGGAAGACUGCAACAAACAGCCCUGUCCUGCAUACUGGGAUAUUGGGGAGUGGUCAGAAUGCAGCAGGAGGUGUGGGCCUGGCACCCAGCAACGCCAGGUCAUCUGCCGCCAGGUAACUCACGUGGAUGUCAGCGGGUCUGAGACUUCGGUUACCGUGGCGCCGGAGCUGUGUGGCUCGUCCGACAGGCCGGAGACCAAGUCUAUAUGCCAGCUGAAGAUUUGCAGUCAGUGGGAGAUCAGAUCUGAGUGGAGCCCGGAGUAA